AUGAUUUGGGGAUAUAUGACACCAACUAAUCCACUAGUGUUGAAUUCACGACAAACAUUACCUAACUAUGUUGGUGGUGAUUAUUUCGAAAUGCCAGACAAAUAUACAGCUAGUUCACCAAUUGAAUUUGUCAAUCGACAAACUGUACCUACUCUUAUCUUUCAUGGUCUCACUGAUUCACUCGUACUCGAUGAACAUAGCCAUCGUCUUGCUGCUAAAUUACAUCAAAAUGAUGUACCACAUUAUUAUCUUGAAUUACGAUGGGCAACACAUGGCUUUGAUUACAUUCUAAAUGGUUCUAGUGAACAACUGUCAACCUAUGCAAUCGAGUAUUUCCUUAAUGUCGUUACUAGCCGAUAA